AUGAAGGCAUUCAUCAAGGCCACCGCGCGCCCCAAUGUCUCCACCCGCUCCGUGUCGGGCCGCAGCACCACCAGCGAGACCACCCCUGGCUCAGCGCCCGGUGCUGUCGCCCCUCCAAAGGAGCUGACCGGUCGCGAGUACGCCCUGACCCUGCCGGGCAUCUCGGAGCCCUUCCCCGACAUGUUUGACCCCGCCAACUUGCUAGCCAGCGCGACCCCCCGCGACGUGCGCCGCUGGCGCGAGAGCGAGAUCAUCCACGGCCGAGUGUCCAUGCUGGCUUCUGUCGGCUUCAUUGUGGGGGAGAACCUGGAGGACUUCCCGGCGUUCUACAACUUCGACGGCCAGAUCUCUGGCCCAGCGAUCUACCAGUUCCAGCAGGUGGAGGCCCGCGGCGCCAUCUUCUGGACGCCUCUGCUGCUGGCCAUUGGCCUGGCUGAGUCGUGGCGUGUGGCCCUUGGCUGGGCCACCCCUGUCGGCAAUGGCUUCAACAGCCUCAAGGAUGAUUACGAGAUGGGCAACCUCCUGUUCGAUCCCCUGAACCUGAGGCCCCAGGACCCCGAGGAGGACAAGAUCAUGCAGACCAAGGAGCUCAACAACGGCCGCCUGGCCAUGAUCGCCAUCGCCGCCUUCACAGCCCAGGAACUGGUCAACCAGCGCGAGAUCUUUGAGCACCUGUUUGUCAGUAUCGGGAAGGAGAUUGAAGCGGAGGAGGUGCUGGUGGAGCGCGAGGUUGGCAUCCUCCCCAAGUGA